AUGACAUUCAUGUCCACCUUCCCAUCCCAUCUCACAUCUCAGCGUCAACCACAAACGUUCCCAGAAGCCCACGCGAUACCACAGUCACAAUUACAGCCAGGAUCCCGCCCUCGACGCAGGACAACCCAAGCAUCGACAGCGACACAAUCAUCCACCUCGACCAGGUCCCUCAAGUUCUUCCGUUCCUCGACAAAGAGAUCGGCCUCGGUGUUCUCGUCGUCGUCGUCGUCCUCGGAAACCAGUGACUCAGUCAAGGAGGAGAGACGAGUGCGUCGCUGGGGACGCAAGGCGAUCAAACGUCUCGAAAGAGCCUUCAGUGCCUAUCCCCAAGGAACAUCCGUGGGGCUUGUGUGGACGGACCAGGAAGAAGCUGAGAGGAUGGUGACGACGGUAGUGGAAACGGGGGGGACGUCCCCAGCCGCUGCCACUACGCAGCAGCGAUCUCGGAGCGAAAAGAGUCUCUGGGACAAACUGGUAGACGUGUUCCAGCUUGACGACAUGAAAGACAUCAACUGGAGCACCUCCACCCUCGGGAUGGAAACCGGCCUCAACAUGAGCACCAGGCAGGGCUUCAGCAUCGAGGACGCGAGGGAAAUCCCGCUUUCGUCUCUGCCGUGGAUGCCUCCACCGCCGUCGCCGGCUCUGCUACCGUCUUCGCGAAGCAGCCGCAGACGAGACACAGGAAGAAUCAAUACCGAGAGACGGACAUACCGAGACAGGGAUUGGGAGUAUCAAACUUAUGGUGCAUGGGUUGUAUUUUGA